CAUAGGGAGCCAAAACUGGGGGCGGCGGAGGGGGGGGAGACCGGUGAAGCUCCGGCUACUGUACUGAUCAUGUCCCCGAUCGACGCCGGUGCUGUCUGCGGUCUUUCGUGCCCAUGAGCAGCGGAGAGACGCUCUCCGCGACAAAGAUGCCCACGGCGGGCUCGAGGGGCUGCUGGACGGCCUGGUGCCAGGUGGUCCUCUUCGCUGCGUCGGCGUUCGUUAUUCUAGCCGAGAGAACCGCGCUGAUCUACUGCUGUGUCUAUUACCUGUGGAAUGGCCAAACGCUGUGGGCUGCACUCACCCUUAGCCUGGCUUUGCCUGGGACCGCUGUCCAGGUGCUCAGCUUCCUGUGGUACCGUGCGGAUGGACACCGGCGAACGUGUUUCCUCUCCACCGUCCACUUGAUGCACUUGGGUAUCUUCAAAAGGUUUGGGGAUUGUAUGUCGUCAGUGUGGCAUAUGCAAAGAUCCAUGGGCGGCCUGGGUGCCGCAGUGAUGCAGCAAGCAGACGUCUCAGCUCUCCGCCUCCUGGAAGCGCUGGUGCUCACCCUUCCGCAGACCUUGCUACAAACAUACAUUCUUAUCACCUCUGAUGUCGGCCUGCUGUCACCAGUGGCACUGUGCUGUGGUCUGUGUCUGCUGUCCCUGUCGUGGGCACUGGUGCUCUACAGUCGGGCUUGCUGCCUGAUCCGUCCAGGCCACCUGGCUAUGCCCCCAGCUGCCCUGCUGUGCCAGCUGCUGUGGCGGACAGGCAUGCUGGGCACUCGGAUUGCCUGCCUCAUGCUCUUUACCCGCAUCUUCCACUGGUGGGUCUUCGGAGUCAUAGGUUUCCAUUGGCUGACGGCCUCCUUCUGGCUUGUCUCUCAGCAAGCAGACAUCUGCAUCAGUCCUUGGCGCUGGCGUCUCUUUAACUGCAUGCUGGGUGCGGUCCAUGUCUUCUUCUUCCUCAAUGUUAAAGACAGCCCCUCCAGGUUCCGCAUGGCAGGCUUUUAUGUGGUCAUGCUACUGGAGAAUGCCACCCUUCUGCUUUCAGCCACAGACUUCCUCAGUGAGGCAUCCUGGGAAAGCAUGAGUAUUCCCACCGCAGUGCUGUGCAGUUUUCUGCUGGGAACAACAUCACUGGUCCUCUAUUACCGUUUUCUUCACCCCAAGUCCACAGAGAUAUGCCAGAGCCUACGCCACAAUGAUGUCAGUGGAGUCUGCAUAGAUCGGGACGAAUCCUCCUACGCAAUGAGUGACAAGACAGUGCCCAUUCCAUCCGUGCAGACCCAUGGCAGCUUUUCCCUCACUGGCCUGGCUGGAUCCCUUGUGGAACAUUCCGGAAGCUGCGGUGCCAAGCCUAGCGGUGGCCAGUGCAAGCACCACCAUUGGCUGCUUAUUCGCCUGGCACUCAAGACUGGAGACAUGGCCCGAAUUAACCUUGCCUAUGGCGCUGGCGGUGUGUCCUCCAUGCUGGACAUGGAGGAAUGCAACCCAGAUAUGAAGGACAGGGGAGUGUCCUCCCCAGACUCUGAGCACAAGGCUGGCUCUGAACCCCUCUCCAACUGUAAGGAGGACUUCCACAGCAUGAGUGAGCCUGCUUCCUUUGAUGCAACCCAAGAUGAGGAUGGAAGUCUCGAGAUGGUCAGCCCCUUGGAGUCCCCUGUGUCCGAAGUGAAGAGGGGCUCCCCCGAGGGCAAGUCCGUGUUGGGGGAGAGUCCUGAGCGCAACUUCUGCCCCACAGAGUCCUGCUCCACUCUUUACUUCAGUGCAGACCCCCAGUCUCCCAGCAGUGCCAGCAACCCUGGACUGGACAAGGAUCCUGUCACGGAGAACCUGGCGGCACUCAGCCCCAUCUCUGGUGACUCAGGUAAGUUUUGUGAUGUCAGGGGACUGCUGAACAGGGUGGAGCCCCGCUUCACAUCCACACCAAAGCUGGAUUCAGGAGUGCAGGAGAUCACAGGUCUCUGCCUAGCAGGCCCCAGGAGGCAGUUGAGGAAAAGUGAUGAUGGACGGUUUUAAAACACUCCAGGUAGCAGAAUGCACUGAGCAGCAGAGCAAGUGAAAGCUGAAAAAGCACAAGCAUACUAAAGGGAUGAAAAUAUGCCUUUAUGAUUUCAAGAAACCAGUCACCAUCUUUGGAUUCAACAAUAAGUUUAACUGAUGUACUGUAUUCCCUAAAGGUGGGGCCUGUUUACUUUUUACAGUCAUUAUUUAAAUUUUGGUUGCCGUGGCUCUUGGUGUCAUUUUUCUUUCUUGUAUCUAACCUGGUCUAUUUGCUUUUUUUAAUUUUUUUAUUUUUAAAUUUUCCUCUAUCUUUAUCAUCUACAGUUGCAUAUUCUAACGGUACGCUUCUUGUAAAGAUGUAAAAUAUAUAUACUUAUUUGAUUGUCUAUUUUAAAGCAAAUUUAAUACUCUGAAUUAAUGUUCUUUUGUUUUAUUUUUCUUCUGGACCCACUGACAUUCGUGUUUCUCUUUCAACACCUCAAAAAACUCCUAUAAAGACGGGAUGUGCUGUGACAGUGUUUUUGGUACUCAUUAUUAUUAUAUCUUACAAGUUUCUAUUUUUAUGUCAUUUUAGCUAUAAAGAGAUGAGUAUUGUUUACUUGUCAUGAGAAGAACGAUGCCACAAUUUACAUUAGACCGUAGUAUAUGGUCUAUUGCUGUUUUACCCAGUCCAGGUAUUUGAGCAGUGAUCAUUGUGAUUUUUUUUUUUUUUUAAUUCAAGGUCACUGCACCAUGAUCCUGAAUAAAUUAGACCAGAAAACCAAUAAAAAGAACAAUUAACCUCUGUGGGAAUAUUCUUGCUUUUAUACUGUUAUAGUAAUUAUUAUUAGAAUCAUGUUCUAAAUCCUUCCUUUUUAUGAUGUUUCCUACCUGCAACUGCUGUCAGAAUAUUUUCAAGUCUACCUUGAACCAUGCUCAGGAGAACACAUUUCUCAGACAUGUCUUUGAAGAUAUUUCCUCGUACUAGGAAAUAAAAGUUUUAAAAGGCAUGUAACGGGCCAUUUCAUUAUUCCCUUUUUGGAAUUUUAAAAAGUCCCAUUUAAUGUGACUACUUUCAUAUCAACUGUUGAUUCUUUUAUUUGUUACAAAUAAGAACAACCUGAAGUGAGAAUGUAUGAUAUUUUACCCAG